GUGGCACCUUGUUGGAAGUUAGCGCUCGGGACGUCCGGACAGUAGAGUUGUAGCGACGGCCAGCACCCCCCACUCUCCUCCCCGCUGCAGUGCUCCUGCGCCCUCCUAACGCCGUUUCCCCAGGUGUGAAGUCUUCCCUGGGACCAGGCAUCUGGAUCCAUGCCCGCCCAGCGGGGAGACAUGAGUAGCAGCCGGCACGACGACAAUGAUCAGUUCAACGAACAGCUGCGGCUCCAGCAACUUUACGAGGAGCGCACCGGGAUGCCCGAGGGCAAUGACCCCUACACUUAUGUGGACCAAGCCGAUGGCACUGCUUACGAGUGGGACCUGGACAAGAAGGCUUGGUUUCCCAAAAUAACUGAAGAUUUCAUUGCUACAUAUCAAGCUAAUUAUGGGUUCCCUACGGAUAGUCCCUCUUCUUCUCAUACAGAAAAAGAGAAUAAGGCUGAUGUCAAUGUAAAAGCUGAAGAGAAACUUACUGAUAAAAAAGCCACACAAAAUAUUGAAAAAAAGCAGAAAGGAGAAAAAAGAAAGCCUGAACCAGGAUGGUUUCAAGUUGAAGAGGACAGAAAUACAAAUGUUUAUGUUACUGGCUUACCUCCAGACAUUACAAAGGAUGAAUUUGUACAGCUUAUGUCCAAAUGUGGCAUUAUCAUGAAAGAUCCCCAAACAGAAGAAUAUAAAAUCAAGCUUUAUAAAGAUAAACAAGGAAAUCUCAAAGGAGAUGGGCUUUGCUGUUAUUUGAAGAAAGAAUCUGUCGAUCUAGCAUUAAAGCUUCUAGAUGAUGAUGAAAUCAGAGGCUACAGACUGCAUGUCGAAAAGGCAAAGUUUCAGCUCAAGGGUGAAUAUGAUGCCAGUAAAAAGAAGAAGAAAUGCAAAGACUACAAGAAAAAACUGUCUCUGCAACAAAAACAGCUGGAUUGGCGGCCUGAGAAGAAAACCGGCACAGCUCGAAUGAGACAUGAGCGGGUUGUCAUUAUCAGGAACAUGUUCCAUCCUAAGGAUUUUGAGGAGGAUCCAUUAGUGCUAAAUGAGAUCAGGGAAGACCUCCGAACAGAAUGUGAGAAGUUUGGACAAGUAAAGAAGGUCCUUCUCUUUGAUAGACACCCAGAUGGUGUGGCCUCUGUGUCAUAUAAGGAGCCAGAGGAAGCCGAUCUCUGUAUACAAGCCCUCAAUGGAAGGUGGUUUGGUGGCCGUCAGUUAAAUGUGGAAGUGUGGGAUGGUGUGACGGAUUAUCAGGUGGAGGAGACAUCAAGAGAGAGAGAAGAAAGACUGAAAGGCUGGGAGUCUUUUUUAGAGCAUCCUAACAUCCAGAAAGAAACUCAUUCAUCAGAUCCCCAUUCUGCCUCUGGAAGUGUGGCCCUAGCAGCAGGGAAACAGUCCCCAAAGAAUAGUACACCAAAAGGGCAAACAGAAGAGGAAGUGAGUGAUGGAGAAAGCUUCAAUGAAGACGGGAUCCAGUCUACAGACAGCAGCCUUGGGGACAGUGAGAAUGAAGACACAGGACACCCUUAACCCCUUACACGUGCUCUGUAGGUUGAGGUUUGUUGGAUUUCUCUUCCAAAUUUCAGGGCACUUACACUAGUAAGUUCCACUAGUAGUGUUCCACGAAUAUAAGCAUAUUAAUCAAAUGUCUUCAACUUAGCAGUUUUGAAAUUUUGAUUCAAGUCAGUACGUAAUAGAGAACUCAAAAUAUUUGUUAAUUGACCAUGUCAGGGUGCGAGUGAACUGGACAAAAUCUGUUUUUCUGUCAGAUCCUUGCAUGUAUACUGGUGUUUGACAUUUAUGAUCACAGGAAAAUUAAAAAUUAAUUUUGGAAUAUCGAAAUUGGCAUAUGAAUUUA